CGGCCGAAGCCGCUCCCGGGGCCAAUAUGGCGGCCGAGCACGUGACCCGGGGCAGCCGGAUUUCCGGUUUCCGGGGCUACGGGGCGGAAGUGGAGGCCGACGCAGUCUCUGUCGUCGAUGUUACUGGCUGUCUUCGCUGCUAACGUUCUGUUAUGAGUCGCUAAAAUCAUGGUGAAAUGUUGCUCGGCCAUUGGAUGCGCUUCUCGAUGUUUGCCAAAUUCCAAGUUAAAAGGACUGACAUUUCACGUAUUCCCCACAGAUGAAAAUGUCAAAAGAAAAUGGGUAUUAGCAAUGAAAAGACUUGAUGUGAAUGCUGCAGGCAUUUGGGAGCCCAAAAAAGGAGAUGUGUUGUGUUCAAGGCACUUUAAGAAGACAGAUUUUGACAGAAGUGCUCCAAAUAUUAAACUGAAACCUGGAGUCAUACCUUCUAUCUUUGAUUUCCCAUCUCACUUACAGGGAAAAAGAGAAAAGCUUCAUUGUAGAACAAACUUCACUCUCAAAACUCUUCCCGUCACAAACCACAAUCACCAGCUUGUUGGUGCUUCCUCGUGCACUGAAGAAUUCCAAUCCCAGCUUAUUUUUGAACAUAGCUACAGUGUAAUGGACAGUCCAAAGAAACUUAAACAUAAAUUAGAUCACGUGAUCAGCGAGCUAGAGGAUACCAAGAAAAGUCUGCAGAAUGUUUUAGACCGAGAAAAACGUUUCCAAAAGUCACUGAGGAAGACAAUCAGGGAGUUAAAAGAUGACUGUCUCAUCAGCCAAGAAACAGCAAAUAGACUGGAAACUUUCUGUUGGGAAUGUUGUCAGGAGAGCAUAGAACGAGACUAUAUUUCAUGAAAUAAGUUCACGUACUACCUUAAAUGACAUUGGUAUAACUUUUUAGAAACUUAUUUUCAUUUAUCAUCAUUAAAUACUAUCCAUUUCAGAUACUUGUUUGGAUCCUCUGGAGCAUUAUGCACUGUAGUUAUCCAAAGACUCUUUUGAAGAUGUGUAGAAAUUUGUUCUAGUCUAUCAUGUUUUUGUGUGACUUGUGACAAUUAUGUUUUUAUAGACCUAAAUUAGUGCUAGUCACUAUUGUAUUAAAGGAUGUUAAAGGCUCAAGAAAAGUCCACAAGACUAAGGAAAUGAUAUCAAAUCAGCCACAUUAAGCUGUAGUCCUAGGAAAUGAACACUUCUUCAGCAGCAUCAG